AAUAAUAUAAAAAGUAUCCUUCGUGGAACGUAACACACUUGUUUCUGUUUUGGACAUCAAGACUCUAAAAUUCAGCUCUCCCACGUCUCUUUGUUUCAUCCAUUUCUUCUCUCCGGAACCAUCCGACCACCACCUUCCUCUAGGGUUUCGCUUCUUCUCCGGGCUCGCAUGGAAGCUGCCAUGGCAACUGUGAUCGGAUCUCCCAUUGGAGCUUUUGCUCGCCUAAAUUCUACUGGAAGAUCGGAAAUCUUCGGCAACGGACUUGGUUUUGUGCGCUUUCCUUCCCUAUCUCAUGUCCCAAUUCGUGUAUCUUACUCCAAACUCUGGAAUAAGAAAUUAGGCUCUGGAAUUAGAAGAAGCACGGUAGUUAGGGCAUCCAUGGAUGCGGAGUCAUCUGAAUCAGAUGAUCCUAUUGCUCCCCUUCAGUUGGAGUCUCCAAUUGGGCAGUUUUUGACUCAAAUCUUGGUUAGCCAUCCCCAUCUUGUCCCUGCUGCUGUUGAGCAACAGCUUGAGCAGCUUCAAAUUGACCGUGAUGCCGAGGGGAAUAAGGAGGCUUCUGGUUCUGGUACUGAUUUGGUUUUGUACAGGAGAAUUGCUGAGGUCAAGGCAAAUGAAAGGAAAAAAGUUUUAGAAGAAAUCCUAUAUGCUUUGGUAGUACAGAAAUUCAUGGAUGCUAAUGUUCCCCUGAUACCUGCAAUAACUCCUUUAUCUUCUGAUGUUUCUGGCCGAGUUGACACUUGGGCUGCUAAUGAUGAUAGCCUUGAGCAUCUUCACUCGCCUGAAGCAUAUGAAAUGAUUCAGAACCACCUCGCUCUCAUCCUUGGGAACAGGGUGGGUGACUCAACCUCAGUAGUACAAAUAAGCAAACUCAGGGUUGGCCAGGUCUAUGCUGCUUCAGUGAUGUAUGGCUACUUUCUUAAGCGAGUUGACCAGCGCUUUCAGCUUGAGAAGACUAUGAAAGUUCUUCCAAAAGCAUCAAAUGUAGAAGAGGGUAUAAUCCAGCAAGUUAUUGGAGAGGAUGUGAGACCUAAUGUGGGAGAGAACUCACCACCUGUUUCACCACAUCCCGAAAUCUCUUCCUGGCCCGAUCAUGAUGGGAACGGUGUUGGGGGAUUUGGUCAAGGUAUAAAAGCUUCUAGACUGCGCAAUUACGUAAUGGCCUUUGAUGGGGAGACACUUCAGAGAUAUGCAACAAUAAGAUCCAAAGAGGCUGUCGGCAUCAUCGAGAAGCACACAGAAGCAUUGUUUGGUAGACCUGAAAUUGCUAUAACACCUCAAGGAACCAUCGAUCCUUCCAAAGAUGAACAGUUGAAGAUUAGCUUCGGUGGUUUGAAGGGAUUGGUUUUGGAAGCUGUCACUUUUGGUUCUUUCCUCUGGGAUGUCGAAAGCUAUGUGGAUUCAAGGUACCAUUUUGUUGUGAGUUGAGCUAAAUGCCAUUCCUGCCAGAAGUAUGUUUGUACUAAUACCAACUUAAUCUGUGCGGGUCAUGCUGUAUAUUAACUACGUAUGUGAUUCUGACUGAUCAAAAACUAUACAAAUUUAGGGGGAAAGAGUUUCAUUUUUUAGGCUUUACAGGAAUUUUCACAACAUACUGUUAUAGAAUUCGUUUCAACUUUCUUCCCUUCUUUCUGUGCACAACCCACAUCGACACGUUCUGUUA